CGCUCGCUCGCUCGCUGGCUGCCUUCCUUUUUUCCGCUCUUGCUGGUGAAUGAAUGGAGUGAAAACAAUUUUGUCAUCAACAAGCCCUGGCAGCGCCUGUACAACUCACAAGCGGUGGCCGCCGCCGGUGGCUUGAUAAGGGCAUCCAGACAGGCGGAGGAGCAGCACGCGCUGUAAUCAGACGAUGUGCGUGUGUGUCGUACAAAGGCGUUCUUCGUUCUCGGCUGGAGUGUGCCGCUCGUUCAGAUGAGCUGUAGCGACCGUGCGGUGCGGUGCGGAUCAUAGUGAACAUUUGCGUGGCAAUCGACGUGUGACACAUCAACGACAGAACGAACCUAGUGUAGCAGAACCUAGUCAUGGCGCUGAACAUUCUCGUCACCGGAGGGGCCGGAUUCGUCGGGUCGCACACCGUGCUGGAGCUGCUGAGCGCGGGCCACGCGGUCAUCUGUGUGGAUAACCUUUGCAAUGCGUACGGCGGCGGUGGCUCGAAGCUGCCGGAAUCGCUGAGACGGGUGCAGGAAAUUACGGGUGCCAGUGUAACGUUCUAUGACGUGGACAUUCGGGAGCGGGAUGAGCUGCGAAGCGUUUUUAACAAGCAUAAAAUUGAUUGUGUGGUGCAUUUUGCCGCACUGAAGGCCGUCGGUGAAUCAUGCCGCAUUCCGCUGCAGUACUAUCAAAACAACAUUACCGGGACGAGCAUUUUGCUCGAAGUGAUGGCGGAGGCUGGUGUGUUUAAAAUUGUAUACAGCUCGAGUGCCACCGUGUACGGCGAGCCGCAGAAGCUUCCCCUGACGGAGAGCCACCCGACGGGCAGCUGCACCAACCCUUACGGCAAGAGCAAAUACUUUACCGAGGAAAUCAUGAAGGAUCUGUGCGAAUCGGACCCACGCUGGACGGUGGUGUCCCUGCGCUACUUCAACCCGGUCGGGGCGCACAAGUCGGGCCGCAUCGGGGAGGACCCGAACGGCGAGCCGAACAAUCUGAUGCCGUACAUCUCGCAGGUGGCCGUCGGGCGGCGCGAGUGUUUGCGCGUGUUCGGCAACAACUACGACACGCCGGACGGGACGGGCGUGCGCGACUACAUCCACAUCGUCGAUCUGGCCGAGGGGCACGUGAAAGCGAUCGACAAGCUGGCGGGCGGCACGAUAAGUGGGUUCCGUGUUUAUAAUCUGGGCACUGGUCGCGGGUACUCGGUGUUGGAAGUAGUUAAAGCCUUCUCGAACGCUUCCGGCAGGGAGGUGAAGUAUGAAAUUGUAGAUAGACGUGCUGGAGAUGUUGCGGCCAGCUACGCGGACGUGUCACUUGCCGCCCAAGAGCUCGGAUGGACGGCGAAGCGCGGACUGGAGGAGAUGUGCGAGGACACCUGGAACUGGCAGAAGAACAAUCCCAACGGCUUUGCUGGAUAGAUGAAGAUGCGGCGGGGGGCAGAGUGUGGAACCACGAUAAUACACGGGAUACGUCACUAACUGCACCAAAGUUUUGCGUUGCAUUUUGCAGCACUAAUAGCUAACCAAAACACUCCUUUCCUUUCGCCUUCUAACACGCUUUGUUGUAACCCUAUGCUUUUAGUUGCAUUUCCCCCUUUUGUUCAUAACGCUUUUUAGAGCAAAAAAUGUAGUUAGUUAAGCUUAAUUCAAUGAAGUAGAUUGCAUUUUGUAGCUGAUUACACUAAGCGCCGGAUUUGCACGGUGGACAAUAGCUGAUUUUGCAUGUUGCGUAGUGUGAUUGGAUAGCAAAAUAAAGAAUAAUGUUCACAAUUCGUGUGAAUGACCUUCACACAGGUUUGUGUGAUUAUCACA